CAGCCCCAAAUAAGGGAUUCAGUCAGAGAAAGAGAGCGCUUACAAGCAAGGAACAUUAGUUGCAACUAUCAUAGAAAUGGCACAAGCCUAUAUGAAAGUGCAAGUUCUUCUUCUUCUUCUUUCAGCAACAACUGUGGUUAUCUCAUGUAGCAACUAUAUGAGAGACUCUGAGGUGUUUGUGGCCAGUGGCUCAGUUGCAGUGUUACCUUGCGUAAUGUCUAUUCGAAAUAAACUCUCCACUGCUGUCACCUGGAAAAGAAUUAUUGAAAAUGAAGAGAGGACAGUGUGGCGCAGGGACAAGAGCGGGCUUGAGUUCCGUCCAGUGGGACAGGCAUCACACGCUUACUGUCCCUAUCCAAACUUUGGAAAUGCAGAUUACAGUCUUCACCUUGAAGGGAUAAGGGAGGAGGAUGCAGGAAUGUAUCGCUGCGAGGUGGAAGGACAGUACAUCAAGAAUGUCAUGCUCUCUGUCAUCAAAGUGUCCUUUACUCCUGCUGAAGUAUUCGAGGGGGAUCGACUGAUGCUGAACUGCAAGGUCACUCCACAGCGAAGGGAAAUUGUGACAAAAUGGGAAUUGAAUGGCUCACCAAUUAACAGUCGUAGCAGGACAUACGUGAUCAAUAAAGUGUCUCAGAAGGAUGCAGGAACUUGGAGUUGCCUGAUUGGAGACAAACAAACAAAGUUUUCCACAUCGCUGCAAGUCAAAGGAAUCCUGAUCCCUCAGGAUAACUCGGAGGUAGUGUAUGCAGAAUUGGGCUCCUCUGUCACCCUGCCCUGUAUCUUCUCCAAUGAAUUAAUCUUAAAGAGCUCUACCUGGGAGAAAGUGUCCAAAACAUCUAAUCAGCCUGCCGUGCUUCCUUCAUCUUUCAACAAUUCUUCCAAUCCCGAUGUUUUUUGGUUGUCCUCAAUGCAAAGGAACAAAUCAGCAUACAUUGAGAUUGUGCAGGCUGGAGAUGAAGGCACAUACAGGUAUUCGGGAGAGGUGAUGGGAGAUGAUGGCAGGCGUGUGAAGGUGGAGAGGAACAUUCAGCUGGUCAUAGCUCAAGUUCUGAGCUCGAACAGAAAUGGCAAAACGACCCUGACCUGUCACAUUAGCAGCACCAGCCAAGUCACUAGUUAUGAGUGGAUCCAUGUGGAAAAUGAUGUGAAUGGUAAUCAGACGUUCACCUCUGUCCAAAAAUCAACAUCAAAAGUGCUGAGCAUCCCCAAAACGAAGCGCCAGGGAAAAUGGGUGUGCCGUUUCUACAACCAACAGCAGCUUCUGGGAAAUGUAACUUACCACCAGCAAGUGAUGAGUAGGUUGGAGGGACAGCAGAAAUCUACAAGUGGAAACUACAUAGCCACAAUUAUAGGGCUGUGCUUUCUGUUCAUGUUGUUGGUGCUUAUCAUACUUCAGCUGUGCAAAAACCAUCGCAGGAGAAAAAUGAUAAUGCAGUAUCCUGCUAUGGAGACGAUUGUCCACCUUGCUGCUAAUGAGCGAGAAUUUAGAGAGCGGGCCAAAGUGAGAGAGAAAACCCAGACUAGUGUGUAGUGAAGAUCAGAAAUCAGUGUUUGUGUAAAUUCAUUGCCAGUUUGGCUGCUUGAGAUUUCUACUUUGUACUUUAUUUUGAUUUCUACUAUGAUUUCUUUGCAUGCGUACAUGCGUGCGUGCAUGCAUGUGUGUGUGUGUGUGUGUGUGAGUGAGUGAGAGAGAGAGAGAGAGAGAGAGAAAGCAGACUUGCAGGCAAUUGUAGCAUAAAUUUUAUUACUAAAUUCUUUGUCAUAAUACUAACUACACAUUUUUUUAUGCUGGUCUUAAUGUAUGAUAAUGUCUAAAUAUAUAUAGCAAUAAAGUUGAUGUAUUAUUAUGAA